ACCAGAAACCUAUGGCUGAAGUUGCUACGGAAGUCAUUGUAGCUCGUACUGGGCGCAACUUCCAGCGCUAUGAAGAGAAAUUUCGAUUAGUGGCAGGAUGUAUUCCCUACCGUUGGAAGGAAACUGUAGAGAAUGGUGCUGAUAAUUUGCAAGAUAGGUUGGAAGUACUCAUGAUUUCUUCACCUAAUCGACAAGAUCUCAUCUUCCCAAAGGGUGGAUGGGAAAAUGAUGAGACCAUAGUUGAAGCGGCCAGCCGUGAAGCUUUGGAGGAAGCAGGCGUGAGAGGAAUUAUUAAAGAACCUAUACUGGGAGAGUGGAAAUUUAAAAGCAAGAGCAGACAGAACAGCUGCAGUUCAGAAGGAACAUGUAAAGGCUACAUGUUCGCAAUGGAGGUCACUGAAGAGCUUCAGUGCUGGCCGGAGCAAGCCAGCCAUGACAGGAGAUGGUUAUGCACAAGUGACGCAUGGAAGAUUUGCCGAUAUGAUUGGAUGCGUGAGGCUCUUUCUUCAUGCAUUACUUUUCUAUCAGGACAGACUCUAUUCUCCAGCGUUAAAUUAGAAGAGCCGUCGAGCUACUUCUUUCCUCAGCAACUGAACCUGCUAUCAACACAUUCUGCUGAUGAUUUCUUCUCACCAGUUACAUGCUAUCAAUAUUGAAUCCUUGGCCUUUACUAACAGCGAGAUUAGUGUAUUGACGUAAGAAUAUUUUCUGCUUGCUUUUUGUAAUAUAGAUCUCGUGUGAAGGUACUGUACAGCACCAAAAAAAUAGGUUUUCGCAGUACAAAUUUUGACUUUUUCGGACGGUUUUACCCGCCACUAAUAUUUUUGCAGCGGUUUUAUGACCGCCGGAUAUCCGCCGUGAUUACAAUGCGUUGCGAAGACAUUCAGCGACGGUUUCAGAACCGGCGGGAUAGAACUGACGAAUGUUGAAUAUAGCAACGGUUUUAACUGCUAUAAUGUUAUUGCAAACAUAGCAUCAGUUAAAACCAUUGUCAAUACUGAUCUAUAGCAUCGGUUUGCAAACCGCUUCUAUUAAAGACUACGAAAACUUCAGUGUUUUGGUGGUGAUAUAUUGUUUGUUUCUGAAUGUGAUUGUUGCUUGUUGGAAUUAUAGUUGGAUAAUAUUGAAUUUACUAAUUUAGGCUUGGAUAUAUAUGUUGACUG